CUUCUUCCCCUUGACUCCCAUUGCUGCCAGGGUGGCCACUUUAAGAGUUAAGUUUUUUACACAGUUGGCUCUCUCGCUUCCAGUUACGGCCUGAAAAUACACUCUUUCCUUUACCUUUCCCGCUCAUAGCGUGCCUGCCAGGGGCUAUUGUUUUCAUUUGCUCCUUCUCGCUAGGAGCCUCGCGGCGGCCUGUUGACCUUCGUUGGGCUUCAGUUCUUCACCAGCUGCUCGCCCUGCAUGCGCCUCCCUUAGAGUUUCUUAACAUCUCUUGUCUUUCCGACACCUUCCCUUGCUACGCUGCUAUAGACGUUAGCACGCAGAGCAGCAUGAGCGUCGUUGCUAAGUGAUGUCAGCGCGUCGGUUGACGCGCGAACGCGACAGCCGGUGAAGGGGGAGGGGGUCCUGCUCCAGCUCUCCAGCCGGUGUAGGAUAUAUUAUUCUCCUACAAGAUGAGUAACAGUCACCCACUCCGUCCUUAUACAGCAGUAGGUGAAAUUGACCACGUUCACAUUCUGUCUGAUCAUGUUGGCGUUUUGAUGAAUGGGGAGGAAUACAGUGAUGUUACCUUUAUAGUGGAAAAGAAACGUUUUCCUGCACACAGAGUGAUUCUAGCAGCAAGGUGCCAGUAUUUCAGAGCAUUAUUAUAUGGUGGAAUGCGUGAAUCUCAGCCAGAAGCAGAAAUCCCUCUCGAAGACACCACUGCAGAGGCCUUUACAAUGUUAUUAAAGUAUAUUUACACAGGUCGUGCCACCUUAAGAGAUGAGAAGGAGGAGGUCCUCUUAGACUUCUUGAGUUUGGCACACAAAUAUGGAUUCCCAGAACUAGAGGAUUCCACCUCUGAGUAUCUUUGUACGAUCCUUAACAUUCAGAACGUUUGUAUGACUUACGAUGUUGCUAGUCUAUAUUUGCUUCCCAAAUUGACAUGUAUGUGCUGCAUGUUUAUGGACAGAAAUGCUCAAGAUGUGCUCUCCAGUGAAGGCUUUUUGUCACUUUCUAAGCCAGCUCUUCUCAGUAUUGUACUGAGGGAUUCAUUUGCAGCUCCUGAGAAGGAUAUUUUCCAAGCUUUGAUGAACUGGUGUAAACACAACCCAAAGGAAAAUCAUGCUGAAAUUAUGCAGGCUGUGCGCUUGCCACUGAUGAGUUUGACAGAGCUUUUAAAUGUUGUACGGCCUUCUGGAUUGCUGUCACCUGAUGCCAUUUUGGAUGCCAUUAAAGUUCGAUCUGAGAGUCGGGACAUGGACCUCAACUAUAGGGGCAUGUUAAUAUUUUUAUACUCAUUUUUUCCAGUACCAGGUGAAAACAUUGCCACUAUGAAAUAUGGAGCCCAGGUUGUUAAAGGGGAAUUGAAAUCUGCUUUGUUAGAUGGAGACACCCAGAAUUAUGACUUGGAUCAUGGAUUUUCCCGACACCCUAUUGAUGAUGAUUGCCGUUCUGGUAUUGAAAUUAAAUUGGGUCAGCCAUCAAUAAUCAAUCAUAUACGAAUACUGCUAUGGGAUCGUGAUAGCAGGUCUUACUCCUAUUACAUCGAGGUGUCCAUGGAUGAGCUAGACUGGAUUCGUGUAAUCGAUCACUCCAAAUACCUCUGUCGAUCUUGGCAGAAACUGUAUUUUCCUGUACGUGUCUGCAGGUAUAUCAGAAUAGUUGGAACACACAACACAGUGAACAAAGUUUUCCAUAUCGUCGCUUUUGAAUGCAUGUUCACCAACAAAACCUUUACUCUUGAGAAAGGUCUGAUAGUUCCCACUGAGAAUGUUGCAACGGUUGCAGACUGUGCCAGUGUGAUUGAGGGUGUAAGCCGAAGUCGCAAUGCCUUGUUGAAUGGAGACACAAAGAAUUACGACUGGGAUUCUGGGUAUACAUGCCAUCAGCUAGGCAGUGGGGCUAUCGUAGUACAGUUGGCGCAACCUUACAUGAUUGGAUCAAUUCGGUUACUUCUCUGGGAUUGUGAUGACAGAAGCUACAGCUAUUACAUUGAAGUUUCCACUAAUCAGCAGCAAUGGACUAUGGUGGCUGACAGAACAAAGAUUUCCUGCAAAUCUUGGCAAGUAAUAACUUUUGACAGACAAGCAGCAUCUUUUAUCAGAAUUGUUGGAACUCACAACACAGCUAAUGAGGUGUUUCAUUGUGUGCAUUUUGAGUGUCCAGCUCAAACUGCUGCCCACAAGGAGGAAUCUAAUGAGGACGAUGUAGGCGCAGGCGGACAGCAACUGGCAUCACGCCCACCUCGAGCUUCAAGCACUAGCUCUGUGCACUCUCUCCCAGGAUCAACUUCACACCUGUAGCAUGCAAAGGGAGUGGAAAGAAGUAUUUACAAACCCAGUGCCAUGAUAAAAUUGUUCACCACCUUCUUGUGUAGGCACCUCUUGUUCUCUGAAUGGGCAAAGGGGACCAUCUUGGCAGCUGGAAAUGUUCGAAUGGAAAAGGCUGCCCAAAGACAAGAUAGGGCUGCUUCACACUUUCCAUUUUGUUCAAAUCAGGAUGUUCUGCAGGGGAAGAAAACAGGCUUUCAGUUUUCAUCAACUCCUAUUUACACCCUACCUCUGUAACCAAACCAAACCAGGUAGAGCCGAAGGAAACAAACCAACCAACAAACAAAAAGCCAAGCCAAAUUGUAAUAUAAACAUGCCAUGUGAACAGUAUGGAAAAGAGAUAAUGACAUGUGCCUGCAGAAGGUAACUGCUAGGAAAUGGGUCUUCCCUGAGAAUGUUUAUGGAAAAUAUGUGUUUAAAUAUAUGUACAACCAUAUUUUUAAUUUAUUUAUUCCUAAUCCUUAUUUCUUUGUGAAUUGUAAGCCAUUUUCAAAGUCUGUGAGUGUAUAUAUUUAUAUACCUGUAUUAUUUGCUUGGCUUUUUUGUUGAAAUGCUUUCUUGUUUAUCAUGCUGUAUCAGAUAGAUCUACCUGAUAGAGACAGGCAUAUAAUAAUAUCACUCCAUUACUCUGUUUGAUAAGGAAAACUCCUUAAGGGGUCAUGCAUAAAACAAUUCAAUCCAAGGAUGUUGUAUUGGAAUUCUGACUACUUGACAUGAGUUACAAAAUUUUUACCCCCAUAUAAAAAGUACUGACAGGUUUCCAAGUGGAGAAACAAAUAUUGAUACUGUUGGAAAUUAUUAAAUCAUGCUUUGAUUUCUAUAACAAUGAUUAGUAUAGAUAGAUUUCUGUUUGCCAACACAUAAAAAAGAUGUUUGGAAAUCAAUCUGACUAACAUUUCAUCUGGAUUUGGUAUUGAUCAGAGCUGGCAGUACAAUUCUGGCAAUUUAUAGUAAAAUAUUUGGUUUUUUUUAAAAGGUUAUACAAUUCCAUUAGGGAUUUUUUAAAACCCUACCUCUAAGAAGCUUUUUGCAUAAUCUCCAUAAAUACAGAUUUGACUUCUAUAGUUAGGUUUGGUAUGUGUGUUAAGUAAUUUACAUCCCAGCAGUAGCUAUCCUUUGUAACUUAAUCAGAUUAUUUGUUUAUUCUGAAUGUGUUCCCAUGCAGCAUUCCUCACAUUCAAUUGUUUUACAUCCUGCUGUAUUUGCUAGAGCGAAAGAGGCUAUGCAUUUGCACACAAAUAUCAAUGCCAUGGACCCAUCUAAUUAGGAAAAAGAUACAUUUGUCAUGAAGUAUGUGACUUCAGAGAAUAUGGUUAUUGUCAACUUGUGGUUGUUGUUUUUUAAGUGGCGUAAUAUAGUUUGGUGCAAAUUGUUUGUUUUGACCAUGGUGUCAUAUAAAUAAUAUUGUUGUCACACUCCUUAAACUUAAGUGCUUGCAUUCUACUGAAUGCUGUUUAUAAUAAAUGUGGGAAGGAACAUUAUGACUGCAAAGCAGUAAAAGAAAAGGGCUUCCAUUUUUUUCUGAUAUCUUCUAAGUUGCUCAAAGCUCUUCUUCAGUUUAUCUUUUGUUUAUGGUUUUUCAUCUGCCAUUUCCAAAACGAAGGUUAAACAUAAGAACAUAAGAACAUAAGAAGAGCCUGCUGGAUCAGGCCAGUGGCCCAUCUAGUCCAGCAUCCUGUUCUCACAGUGGCCAACCAGGUGCCUGGGGGAAGCCCGCAAGCAGGACCCGAGUGCAAGAACACUCUCCCCUCCUGAGGCUUCCGGCAACUGGUUUUCAGAAGCGUGCUGCCUCUGACUAGGGUGGCAGAGCACAGCCAUCACGGCUAGUAGCCAUUGAUAGCCCUGUCCUCCAUGAAUUUGUCUAAUCUUCUUUUAAAGCCAUCCAAGCUGGUGGCCAUUACUG